AUCCACUCCCAUCUCUCUCUCUCUCUCUGUUCAUUUUGCAGGUUUCUCCUUUGGGUAUACCUCCAUAACCAUUCUUUACAUACUUCUAAACCACACACCAACAAUUGGAAACCGGUUUGUGAAGAUGAAGUGUUUCCAUUACUUCAAAGAUAAAACCAGGAGCCGAUCUCAAAGAUCGGCACCCAUACUAAAAGACGAGACUAAUUUCGGCAUAUCGGGGGAUGUUUCGAGUGGGGCUCGAGUCACUCAGUCCACAGGAUCAGCAAAUUCACCUCGCGGCAUCAUGGAGUUAUACGAGGAGAAGGCUGGGAAAUUAAGGGUUUUUAAGUACACGGAACUUAGACACGCGACUAACGAUUUCACGAGGCUACGUAAGGUUGGGGAAGGUGGAUUUGGAUGUGUUUAUAAAGGCUCAAUCAAGCCUCUUGAUGGCAAUGGUGAUCCCAUUGUGGUUGCUGUCAAGAAACUCAACAGAGAUGGCUUUCAGGGUCACAAACAAUGGGUGGCUGAAGUACAGUUUCUGGGUGUAGUCGACCAUCCGAAUUUGGUCAAACUAAUAGGAUACUGUGCAACAGAUGGCGAACGAGGGAUCCAACGGCUGUUAGUUUACGAGUUCAUGCCCAAUAAAAGCUUAGAAGAUCAUCUCUUCACCAAUUCUCCUCAACCUCUUCCAUGGCAAAGAAGACUAGAAAUUAUGUUUGGAGCAGCACAAGGUCUUGCUUAUCUGCAUGAAGAAUUAGAAGCUCAGGUGAUAUUUCGAGAUUUUAAGACGUCCAAUAUUCUAUUGGAUGAAAAUUUCAACCCGAAGCUUUCGGAUUUUGGGCUUGCUAGAGAGGGGCCAACGGAGGGUAACACGCACGUCUCGACUGCAGUUAUGGGUACACACGGAUAUGCAGCUCCAGACUACAUCGAAACAGGCCAUCUUACAGCAAAGAGUGAUGUGUGGAGCUUUGGUAUUGUUUUGUAUGAGAUCCUAACAGGUAGACGGUCAUUAGAAAGAAAACGACCAAAAGAAGACCAAAAACUACUAGAUUGGGUAAGACGGUAUCCGAUCGAUGGUAAAAAGUUCGGGCUUAUUGUAGACCCUAGACUCGGAGAUCAGUACUCGCUCACUGCAGCGAGGAAGAUUGCAAAGCUAGCAGAUAGUUGUUUGCUCAAGAGUGCCAAAGACCGACCUAAAAUGAGUCAAGUGGUGGAGUCAUUGAAGCAGAUUCUAGAAGUACCAACCGAAGGAAGCCCAUCAAGCAAGAGUUUGGAGAUGGUUGACGAUGAACCAGAGGAUUUGACUGAAAAGACAAAGACAACGGACGGUUCGGAGUCGUCUAAGAGAAGAUUGGCUCAGUUGGCUAAGUUAAGUGAACAUGUUGGGGGAGUUUCUAAGAAAGGGUUCAUGAUAAUGCACAGAGCCAAAGUGUCUUAAAACACACGAUGCAUUCGACAACUAUAAACUAUAAGAGAAUGUUGGAAAAAAGCGACGACGGUGAAAGUGGUGUAAAUGGAUCUGAUAUUGACUCCAUAUUUUGUAUAAUUGGAUAUCUAUUUACACCCUAAAUAGUGCCAACCUGAGGAAAUAGGAGAUGUAGAUUUCAAGAAGAUUCAAGUACAUGUUUGCAUGGCAAGAAGGGAAUAUGUUUAUCAGCUAUAGUUAAUUCGUUC